CCGGCCGCCGCCGCAAUCCCGCCUCCGUCCUCCCCUUAUCAGCCCCCCCCCCCCCACCCCCGACGAUCCGCGCUCCUGGACCCCAUCCGCCCCAAGCGCCCCUGCCGCAGAGCGCGACGGGCGACUGCAGGAUCUCGGCGACCUCAAGUGCUGAUUUCAGUUGUUGGAUAUCUCAAGAAGUGUUAAAUGCUUACCAAAGGUAGGAAAGUUGCUGGAAGGGGUGAAGACAUGUCUGCACAUUAUGCAUUUGGACCACGUGAGGAUGAUGCGAUUAUUAAACACCGGCUUCUGACUAGGAUCACAACUACCAGGGGUGAACCACCCCUAAAGAAGCUUCAGAAGAAGUUCAUGUCCUUUGCUGCUGAGAUCGAGAAGGAUGCAGACAAUACAAGUGACUGUGAGAGGCUGUACAAGGCAUUUCUACAGGAAAUUAACACGUACGAGCUGCCUCUUCUUAAAAGCAAGGCUGUGGUUGAUGCAAAUCUUAGGGAGAAGGAGAGCUUCAAUGGGCUGCAGGUUGAGAUCCAGCGACAGAUCUUGCAAGCUCAGACUGAUAUUGAGGAUCUUAAGAAGCAACUUGAACAAAGCAAGAUUGAGAGGCAGCACAAAGAGGAGUGCGAAGCAAUCAGGAAACUGAUUUCUUUGCAGCCUCCGCGGUCAGAAACUGAGAAACUGAUCGCUGAACUUGAGAAAGAGAUUGCUAGUUUGGAGGCUGAGAGUGCUGCAUGUAUACGGACUUUGGAGCUUAGGAAGAAGCAGUUUGCUCUUCUUCUGCACGUGGUUGAGGAAUUGCAAAUCUCGAUCGACGAUGAGCAAAGGAGCAUAGCAGAUGAGCUGAGAGCCACCGCUGAAGAGCCAAAGAUCAGCAUAGAUGACAGCAACGGUGGUGCUUCAGAUGCCAUGGCUGUAGACUGAUGAAUGAUCAAUUCAUUAGUGAGUAGGGAGACCCCUUUUGUUACUCUGUAAUUUUAUGAACUGUAAGCUGUGAUCCCUUGCUUCUUGUAUGAAUAUGAAAGGCAAAAUACACACAUCUCCUCCAGAUUCAAUUUGUUUUGGUUGAGUAAAACAUGAUCAGGGGAAUAGUUAAUAUACUAUGCCUCUCUUGUCUGAGCUGAGAUGCCGGCAAUCA